UGUUGAUGUUGACGUCAAAACGUGCCGGGUGAAAAUGGGGUCACAUUAAAUUAACAUAAAAACGAUUUUAAAAAGCAUGAUUCGUUUUAAGUACAGUGAGAUUUACCGUUAAAAAGGAAAGGCUACCUCAUUUACAAACCUAUCGCGGUGAAGAGUGCACUGUUUUUUUUUGUAUUACAAUCCUGGCAUUAAAGUAUUAUAUAAUUUAUAUAUUAUUAACAUAAGAGUAUUAAAAUAUGAAUAAAGUAUUCAUUGUAUCAGGGUGUCGUACUGCUAUUGGAAAUUUUCAAGGGCAGUUUGACAAAUUUACUGCGUCUGAAUUGGGAACUAUAGUGAUAUCUGAAGCAAUUUCCCGAGCAAACUUAACACCUAAUGAUAUAGAACAGGUUAUUAUAGGUCAGGUCCUUACCGCCGGACAAGGCCAAAAUCCUGCCCGACAAGCUGCUGUUAAAGCACAAAUUCCAUAUGAUUCACCUGCUUACACAAUUAAUAUGCUUUGUGGUUCAGGACUUAAAAGUGUGGCACUUGCAUUCCAAGCAAUAAAGAAUGAAGAUUGUGCUAUUGUAGUAGCAGGAGGGCAAGAAAGUAUGACAAAAGCAGAACAUACCACUUAUCUGAGAGGAAAUAAACUAGGAAAUUUAAAUUUAAAUGACACACUUUUGGUUGAUGGUCUUACUGAUCAUUUUAAUAAAGUACAUAUGGGAAAUACAGCUGAGCACUUGGCAAAGGUUUAUAAUAUCACCAGAGAAGAACAAGACACAUUUUCUGUGAAUUCUCAAUAUAAAGCAGAACAAGCAAUUAAAGCUGGUUAUUUCGAAAAAGAAAUUGUUAGUGUUCCCGAUAAGAGAACUAAGAAAGCUAUUGACAGAGAUGAGUUUCCAAAAUUCAAUAGUACCUUAGCAUCUUUAGCCAAGCUGAAACCAUGUUUUGAAACAAAUGGGACAGUAACUGCAGCAAAUGCUUCAGGCAUUAAUGAUGGUGCAGCUGCCUUAGUACUUGUGAACGAGCAACAAGUUAAGGCCAAAAACUUAUGUCCAUUGGCAGAAAUACUAGCUUUUGCCGAAGUUGGUGUUGAUCCUAUGUGUAUGGGUAUUGGGCCAAUUACAGCAGUUCAAAAAGUUCUUCAGAAAGUGGGCUGGUCAAAAGAAGAUGUUGAUCUUUAUGAACUGAAUGAAGCCUUUGCAGUCCAAAGCAUUGUUGUAAUUCGAGAGCUAGGGGUAGAUGAAUCAAAAGUAAACAUUACUGGCGGAGCUGUAGCUUUGGGACAUCCAAUUGGAGCAUCUGGUGCUAGAAUUCUUGUAACCCUAGUCCACAACUUAAUUAGACAGGGAAAAACAAAGGGUGUAGCGUCCCUAUGCAUUGGUGGGGGAAUGGGCAUUGCAAUGGCAGUUAAAAUUUGUUAAUUUUAUUUAA